AAAAUAAUUACCAGCUGCUUGGAGAUUUCUCCUGUCAGAUGCAGCGGAAGAAGAAGCAGAAAGAGGGGAAGAGAUGCUGCAGUGUAUAUUUCUCCUAUCCGAUUCCGGAGAGGUAAUGCUGGAGAAACAGUUUACUGGGCAUCGUGUAGACCGAUCAAUUUGUGCUUGGUUCUGGGAUCAUUCUAUUUCGCAACCCGAUUCCUUCAAGUCACAACCAGUGAUUGCUUCGCCAACACAUUACCUUUUUCAAGUUGUUCGCGAGGGGGUCACUUUUUUAGCUUGCACCCAAGUUGAAAUGCCUCCUUUGAUGGGAAUUGAGUUCCUCUGCAGAGUAGCUGACGUGCUCUCCAUCUACCUUGGGGGAUUAAAUGAGGAUCUGAUAAAGGAUAACUUUGUAAUUGUGUAUGAGCUUCUGGAUGAGAUGAUAGACAACGGCUUUCCUCUAACUACAGAACCUAACAUUUUGAGGGAGAUGAUAUCUCCACCAAAUAUUGUGAGCAAAGUGUUGAGUGUGGUGACUGGCAAUAGUUCUAACGUGAGUGACACCCUUCCAGGUGCAACUGCAUCUUGUGUUCCAUGGAGAACAACGGACCCCAAAUAUGCUAAUAAUGAAGUUUAUGUUGAUCUUGUUGAAGAAAUGGAUGCAGUUAUAAACAGGGACGGAGUAUUGGUGAAAUGCGAGAUUUAUGGUGAAAUUCAAGUGAACUGCCAGCUUUCUGGUCUGCCUGACUUGACUCUGUCAUUCACAAACCCGUCUAUCAUGGAUGAUGUUAGAUUCCAUCCCUGUGUCCGAUAUCGACCUUGGGAAUCACAUCAAAUUCUGUCAUUUGUGCCUCCUGAUGGACAGUUUAAGCUUAUGAGUUACAGGGUUAGAAAGUUGAAGACCAUACCAUUAUAUGUAAAGCCACAGUUGACAUCAGAUGCUGGGACAUGUCGCAUCAAUGUGCUGGUUGGAAUAAGAAAUGAUCCUGGAAAAGCCAUUGACUCGAUAACUGUACAAUUUCAACUUCCUCCUUGCAUUUUAUCUGCUGAUCUGACUUCAAAUCAUGGAACUGUAAACAUCCUCUCCAACAAGAGCUGCUGUUGGUCGAUUGGGAAGAUCCCAAAGGAUAGAACUCCUUCAAUGACCGGAAGCUUAGUGCUUGAGACAGGAUUACAGAGGUUACAUGUGUUGCCAACAUUUCAAGUGGGUUUUAGGAUUAUGGGCGUUGCACUCUCCGGCUUGCAAAUUGAAAAACUGGAUCUGAAGACUGUACCUAAUCGUCUUUACAAAGGUUUCCGAGCUGUCACACGCGCGGGGGAAUUCGAAGUAAGGUUGUAGGUAGGUUUUUAUUCUUUUUCUGGGGCAGAAGAUCUCCAGAUGGCGGUGAUGGAGUGCAAUUUUUUCUUGUUUGUGCAUUGUACGUGAGUUCUGCUGGUCGAGCAUUUGAAAAUUCUUAGGUGUGAAGGUGCUUUUGGGUGAUCAUUAUUAGUGUUUUCUUUUUGAUAUAAAAUAUGAAAGAUAGGAGGGAGCAAUCAGACCCUGCUUCGAGGGUUCUGCUCAAAACCUGCUAAUGGGAUGAAGUGGGUUAAUCCUUCCUUCAGAUUGAAAGGAUUUUUGUUGCCCGAUAUUUAGAAUCACUUAAAUUCCUUUUGUAAAUACAUAUUUAUUUUGUGUCAUUUUUAUUUUAAGAUA